UUUUGUUUGGCUUGUAUAGUCGACCUGCAUUCGAGGUGCAGCUCGCCUGAGACACAGAUCGACACCCAGGUUGAGGAACAGACCCCCAGCCGUUCAAAAUGCAGGUUUUCUCCCCUUGCUUGUUGGUUCUACUGGUCGCCGGCCUGGCCGCGGCCCAACGGCUCAACAACUGCCCGACGAUGUGGUCCGGCGCCGGCGAAUACUGCUACCAGUUCUUCAAGCAGCCUCUGCCCUGGCAGGAGGCGAGCAACUUCUGCUCCAAGUUCUCCUCCUGUGCCACGGGAGCGGCGGCCAGCCUGCUGAAGCUCGACUCAGCCCAGGCCGACACGCGGCUGGAGAAAUUCCUGAGUCCAAAAGGCAACCCCAGCCCUCCCAACACGUGGAUCGGCUUGGGCGAUCCCAUGAACACGGGUCAGCUCACCUGGCCUGACGGUACCACCACACAGAGCGUAGGCUACAACAACUUCGGGCAGGGAGGCCGGAACGGAAACUGCGCUUUGAAGGACACCCGCACGAACCAGUGGACCUUCGCGCCCUGCACGCAAGCGAACUCCUUCGUCUGUCAGAUGCAGCGGAGCGUCCCUCCGCAGACCGGCGGCCCAGGCACCAAUUUCCCUUCACGACCUGUCUAAAAGUCGGCUCGGACGAACAAUUUCACGAACAGUUUGUGCAGCGUACAAGAGGAAUUCGUACAAAAACUGAACAACCCAAACGGGAUCCAAGAUGGCCGUACGAGAAGUAGCACCAAGUAUAGUUCCCUGCCCCAGUCUCACCAACAUCCAGCGUGUUUUCAUCCAGUAUAGGUCGAGUACCGGCGAUGACCAUCAAAAAGUAUUUGCUCCACCCUGUAAAACUUCUUCUGGUACAAACAUUCAUCGCUAUCUUGUGAAGCUUUCUUCAGAUGUGAGCAAUAAUUGAACUACAGAAAAAAAUGACAGCAUUCACUGAACAGUCAGAAACGAAUUUAUCGAACAGUAACGCAUUUUAUCGAAUAUGUUAUCUCAUUUUGUGUUAGUUUGUGUUAGCACUUCUUUGACAAUAAUGUUGGCAACGGGAUUUUCAAGAAACGAAUAAAGGAGAAUCAAUGGUCCAUGAAAUAAA